AUGUCUGAUACCAGUGAUAUGGAUGUGAUUCCUUGUGUUCAUUGUUUGGAACUAUUUAACAAAUCACUCGCUACACAUGAUCACACGCCGGGUUCUGGUAUAAAUGAAUGUAGCAAAAAUUCUGAUAUUUGUGCAAUUUGUAAAAAUUUAUUCAUGAAUCUCAAAUUAGAGUUACAAGUUAGCACGUAUAGAUUGCCACAAAAUAUUAAUAUCUCAACAAUAGAUGAUAAAACUCUAAUUGAAUUACUGUCAAAUGUCCAAAUACUGAAUAAAAGGAAACUUAACUUUGAUUUCCUAGUGCUAAUGACCAAGCUGUACCCUGUAACGAAUGAUAUCAUUGGUGUUACUAAUGAAAACACUGUAUAUGAUAGUUUCUACUUUGAAAUACCCGAUUUUUCUGUUGUAAUAAAUAACUUUAUUGCAUACUAUUCGGCACAUCACAAAUCACUUUCAGAUUGUACAGCAAAUAACUAUCAUUUUGGGAACUACAAGUAUGUCAAAAAGAAGAUUUUGAAACAUUUGACUAACAUUGCAUACACACAAUUAUCGCAAUACAUGGAGCAAACUAUCAACGAACAUAAUGAAAUAAUCCACUUUAUCAACACAUUAUCCACUUCUAACCCACACUUAUUUGAACAAUUCUCCCGUGUAAAGUUAUAUUUCAAUUACGUAAUAAAAGGUUCUCAGUUAGUUCUAGCCAACUUUUUCCCGUGCCGUGACUUAGUUACUUUGACUGGAUUCUAUAAUAAGUUAUCAAGUGCAAUGAGCCAGACCCCAUGGAAAGCAGAUGGGUUUGCCUUCACCAAUCCUGUGGAAUCGUCGAUAGAACAGUCACUGGCACGCGUGUUCAACACACUGUUCCAAUCGUGUGAGUUCAAGCUUAUUGCUUCAGGGAGGGAAGAUUGUGAUGUAAGGAUGAUGGGCAAAGGCAGGCGAUUUGCAUUGGAAAUAUACAAUUGUAAAUCAGAUCUAAUUGGUGCCUUUUUUACAAUUAAGAAAAUAUCUACCUCUAAUGGUGCUGAGAACCAUUGCAUAAUACCAAACACCGAAGAGAUCGAUCGCUCUUUCCAAAUUACUAGUGAAGAUCUAACUAAGAUUGUCAAUACGAUUACUAAGGGUGCCAAAGGCAAUGCACUGGAAGCAGUCGUGCAGCUAUACAAUAAAGCUAUUGUGUUUAAAUUGCCGGAUUGGAGGACUCUAAACCAGGCAACUGCCAUAGACCCCAGCAAAUUCAUCACUAGAAUGGUUAAGCAGACUGGGGAUAUAAAAUACCUGAGCGUUCUGUCAUUCAGCAACCUAAGAUUUACAUUCAAGCACAAAUCGGUGAGACGGGAUUUACAGGAGUCGGGAGAAAGCAAACAAAAAGUAUACUCAUGUUUAGUGUUAUCCACCAGCGACCUACGCCAAUCCCAUUUGGAUAUUGCCGAGGUCGCGAUAAAUCAAUCCCCCAAGGGCUUUAUAGUUUCUCAGGGCAAUCCGUUGAGGAUGACCCAUAGAAGGUCACAGGCGUAUAGGCAGAAGAGAGUCUAUUAUAUAUCUACCAAAUUGCUGCAUGCAAGGCUGUUCAUAAUGGAUAUAAUAACUGAAGCAGGCACGUACGUGAAGGAGUUUAUAAAUGGAGAUUUGGGUCGAAGUAUGCCUUCGAUUAGCCAUUUGUUGGGCGGAAUAGAUUUGUACGUACUUAAAUUGGAUGUGAUUGACAUCAAGUACUGGAAUUAG